AUAAAAAUGUAAACAUAACCUAAAAACUUUCUUCCGUCUGCGUGUUCCGUCCUCCGUGUUUUUUCUUAUCUUCUCAAUAUUUUGUUUGAUAGUUUUCAUUAAGUUUGGUUUAUUAAUGAUAAUUCCAUCUUUAUUUUUCAACAAGUGGAUGAAUGUAAAUUGAAGGCAUUAUUCAAUUGACCUGACUGAAGAUUCUAAAUAUACUAGAUUCUGGAAAUAGCAUGCCAUACCAAACCUGCAACAUUCAGCAAUUUUCAAUCAAUGGUAGAAUUCAAAUAGAGUUGGUUGUUUAUAAUCUGCUCUAAUGCUAUUAGUAAGAAUUGCCUGGAUUGCAAUCUGUGUUAUAAUUGUUGUGGUGAUCUUUGAAAUAAUUUUUGAGGUUUAUUUGGAGAAAAACUAUGAUCAUAACCAAAUGUUUGAAGAGUAUAGCUAUACUACCAAAGAUUACAAUACAUUACUUAGGGAAAUAGAAGAUCCGAUUUUAUUAUGGUGGUCUGAAUUGGUACCUGAAAGAGGAAAGCCCACAAAAUGUGGAGAUGUGUCAUGUUUUUUCACGCACAACAGGAAGUUCAAAGAUCAUCCUCUCCAAAAGGCAAUCAUAUUCUAUGGCAGCGAUAUGCAUGUAUUAGACUUGCCCUUGCCACGGAACAGGGGCCACAUAAUAUGGGCUCUCUUUCACGAAGAGUCGCCUAGAAAUUUCCUGCCAAUAGUCUACGAGAAAACAUUGUCCAUGUUCGAUUUGACUGCAACGUUUAGUCGCCACAGUCAUAUGCCGUUGACACUGCAAUACCUCGAAAAUGCUGAAAAGCUUCAAACUAUGGAAUACUUCAUUCCUUUCGAGGAGAAAGACAUGCUCAGCGCGCAAGUAAUAGCUCCAGUGCUCUACAUCCAAUCAAGCUGCGAAGUACCGUCCGACAGAGACAGCUAUAUCAAGGAGCUCAUGAAAUACAUCAAGGUUGAUUCUUAUGGUGAAUGUCUCAACAACAAGAAGUUACCUUAUGACAUUCAAGAUCCAGCCACAAAUCUUAUGAGUAACAAGUUCCUUCAUUUCAUAGCACGCUAUAAAUUUAUAAUUGCCUUUGAAAACGCGAUUUGUGAUGAUUAUAUAACAGAAAAACUUUGGAGAAGUUUAAUUGUGGGUUCCAUUCCAAUAUAUUAUGGCGCGCCAACAAUACUGGACUGGUUACCAAAUAAGAAGUCAGCGAUUUUGGUGAAGGAUUUUGCCAAUCCUCAGUCACUAGCUGAUCAUCUCUACAAAAUAAUGGGAGACCGCAUAGCCUACAACUCAUACUUGGAUCACAAGUUAGCAAACAACCAUACUAAAAUUAAAAUCAGCAAUACGCAUUUGUUGGACGCACUUCAUCAACGAGCUUGGAAAGUCAGCGAUGACUCAGAAGGCGAUUUUCACAUUCAGCACUUUGAGUGUCUAGUGUGUCACGCUGUACACUCUAUGCUGGUUUCCCGGGAAAGCGGGUUUCCGCGGAAAAACGUUUCUCAGCAGCAUUUCCGGUGUGAAAAUCCUGUCUCCUCGGUGGACCGGAAACGAAAGUCGGAAAGUGAUUGGACGACUGAAUGGAGAGUGGCGAAAUGCGAGAGUCUAGUUCUAAGUGCCUUGGUCGAAUCAAAAACUCUAAACUAUUCGAAAAGUGAUUUUGAUAAACUGUUGGAAACCUAUUUUCAUAAUAAGCUUUGUUAACAAUUGAUAAUGGUCGAAGUGACAGGAGAUAUGAGCCUCAUUAUCACAUCUGAUGACUCGCACCCACCAUUCAUCAUCUCUCAACAUGCAAAUGGAGUGAACUAUUCAAAAAUUAGCAAGUCUGAUAAGUUGUUGAAUAUUAUAUUUGUAAUAAAAUUUGUUGACUGAAA